AUGUUGCCUGUGCUUUGGAACAACAUCCACCUUCAAGUUCUUACUGCCUCAGGUUCCAUUUUCAGAACACAUCAGAGCAUGGCCAUGGAAGUGGAAGAGAAUGGUGUAACCCCUCUUGUUAUUUCAGCUAUUGACCAGAAAAGUGGAAGCAAGGUGGCUAUCAAGAAGUUGUACCCAUUUCAAUCAGAGCUUUUUGCCAAACGAGCCUAUCGGGAACUGCGCCUUCUGAAGCACAUGAAGCAUGAAAAUGUAAUUGGGCUUUUAGAUGUCUUCACACCAGAUCCUUCACUGGAUAAAUUUAAUGACUUCUACCUUGUCAUGCCAUUUAUGGGAACAGACUUAAGUAAAAUAAUGAAGCAUGAGAAACUAACUGAAGAUAGGAUCCAGUUCCUUGUUUACCAGAUGUUAAAGGGCCUAAAGGUUAGAUCUUUCUCUUAUAAUUAAUUGCCUCUUGG